AUGAAUAUUUCACGGCUGUUUAGCAGUUCGGUCGUGCGACACAACCGGCUCGCAGACCUGCGCCACAAGCUGCGCAAGUCCAGCAAGAGCACCAACUUCUACUCGGAGUCGGACCUGGGCUCGAAUUCAGAGGUCCAUGUUGUUCGCCAGUUCAGAAGACUGGUUCCUGAACAGCUGAGCAGAGAUACCACUGCUUGGGAGCAGCUAAACGCCGAAAAAGAUCUUCGAGAGCUGCCCGAGGUGCCCGAACAGCUCACCGCAGACUCGCUCGACGAGUACAUAAGCGAAUUAAACCGCGUGAAAACCAGAAAGUUCGAAGACUACCCCGAGUUCAUUUCCACGGCUUUUGAUAAGAUAGUCCAGUCCGGGCUGUUGCGCGAGAUCAGCAAGUACAACCCGAUUCUGCAGUACUAUUCCAUUGCGCAUGACUACGGCAGCAUCAAGAAAACCAUGGCUCUGCUCAACGAGCGCAAAAUCUACCCUACAACAGACUCGUUUAAUUACAUCUUGGGGCCCAUGAGAACCGCCAGCCACCGCAAAAAAUACACCGUGAUCACCAUGUAUCUGAAACAGAUGGAGAUCUACAACCAACGGCUGAAUUUGAGUACCUGCUACAUCCUGUUUGAGUGUCUGGACCGUCAAAGAAAGCCGGUGUAUGAAUACUUGGUGGAGAACCGGUGUUCGCUGGACCCGAUCUUGCCUGCCGUGCUGCGGUACCGUUACGAGGUGGAAAAAAGCUCAUUUGAGACGCUCGUUGAGGAAUUGCGGUCAAAAAAACCGGCGUUUAGGUCAAACCCUAAAGUGGUUGCAGAAUUGGUGAACAUUUUGCUGAUGGAAAAUAACCCCGACAAAGCGUGGGAGUUUGCUUACGAAUCGCUCGAAGAAGGCCUCGACGAGCUGCCGCCCGCCGUGCUCGUCCAUUUCGUGGCGUAUUUCGCGAAAAACAACCAGUUCUACAACGCCGUGGCCAUGAUCAACGCGUUCCAGAACUUCUUCCUUGGCAGAAAAGUGCACAAGGUGUACCAGAUUCUCGCUUUGGAAAUGCUCAACCGCCCAAACAGUGAAAACUGGUCGAUGUUGACACGCCGGUUUUGUCUGGACGCCAAGACCUCGUUCAAUAAAACGUUCCUAACCACACAGGAGCUGUCAAAGAUUGCGGAAAAAGCACACUCUUACGGCUACUCGGACUUUGUGCCCGACAAACUGUCGAUUGACGAGUACGACAAAACCGCCGAGCUGUUCAACAGACUGCAAUGGCCCAACCAUCACCACCCACUGUUCGCUCUCGAGGCCAACACACCGAUGUUCCAACAGGCGGCCGCGAUUUUCGCAUGCUGA